AUGUUUCACUGGAACAGAACCUCGAAAAGUACCCCUACUUCGAUUAGUUCACAAGAGGUAACAACGUCACGGGACUAGAAGGGAUGAAACAUGAUAUCGUUAUUUUUUAAAAUACAGGUGUUCGCGCGCGAAAGCUACCCAAUGAAAUUUACUCUCUCUUUUCCAUUUAUGUACCUUUUUUUUUAUGCACUUCAGAUGGGCUAGAACGAGAAGAAAAAAGUGCUUGGAAUAUCGCGGUUAAAAAUGCGGAUGGAAUUGGUGGGAGAAGUCAACUUAUAGACCUUUUGAGUAAAGAAAUCGCUGUAAGAUAUUUAGACCAACGAAAGCCGAUUGAGGUUAAAGAAUGGUUCGUUGGAAAAUACUGCAUUUUCAUAAAGACAACAACAGUGAUAUUAGUUAGAAGUAUUUUUAUAUUUUCGUAGUAAUGUUGUUAUUCAACUUCUCGAGUAUCAUUACUAUUAUAUCAUCAGUAUUUAUUUUAUUGUUAUUGUGAUUAUUAUAAACAAAAGUAUCGCGAUCCUCCUAUCGUUUAGCUGACGAGAGAAAAAACAGUGUUUCACGGUAUUUUCGUCUCACUUUUAUGGCUUUUGAUCGGCUAAUAUUAUUCAUUCAUCUAUUUUUCCAUAGGUUCGCCGUCGAAACUGGAGGUUCUGGUGCUUUUGAAAUUAAAGCGUCCCUCCUUGACGGCUCUCAAACUGAACUUCCUGAAGAUCAAUCUUUUACAGUGCGUAGAGAGGUUACAGAUGCGCAAGGUUCCUGGGAGCUUUUGAGUCACACUUUUACCGAGUACCCUUCAGGAUUACGGUGCAUUCACUUCGAAGAGCGACUAAAGAGCAAUUCCAUGGUUCCAAAGAACUUUGAUUUAAAAGUGUUUCAGCCUUCUGUCAAGUUUCCUGAAAGGUAA